AUGCUCUGGCUCUGGUGGAGCAUUUGUUUGUACUCUGCGGCUGUGCUGGCGGACGACUGUUCUUCAGUGGCGGCGUCGCUGAACGACACCAGGGUGGAUUUGGAUCUCCAGAACCUCACAGACUCGCUCGACGCGAACGAGUCCAGCCUUACCAACGAAGAAAAGUCGUACUUCCUGACCUUUGAAGAGUGGAAGAAGAAGAAAGUCGACGAGUCUCAGAUCACGAAAAAAAGAUCAGAUCAAGAGUCAGGCGAGGAGCUUGAAGGCACCAUCGGCGAGGAGAUGGAGAUCGAAAUCUCAAUGUUUGGAGGCCCGGAACCAAAAGAGGAUACAGGAAAGGUCUACAACGAAAGGUUCAAUUUUGCAUCGUUCGACUGCGCGGCCACAAUUGUCAAGACGAAUGCGGAGGCUAAGGGCGCCAACGCCAUCCUCAACGAAAACAAAGACUCCUAUCUAUUGAACGAGUGCAAGGCGAAAAACAAGUACGUAAUCAUCGAGCUGUGUGAGGAUAUUUUGGUGGAGGAGGUGCUGCUCGGCAACUACGAGUUUUUCUCGUCCAUGUUCAAGGACGUUCGGUUUUCCGUGAGCGACCGGUACCCUGCUGCCUCAUGGCAGUCGCUGGGAGAAUUCAGAGCUGAAAAUAUUCGGAAACUGCAGAUGUUCAAGGUGGAAAAUCCUCUAAUCUGGGCCAAGUUCCUGAAGAUUGAAGUUCUCUCGUACUACGGCGACGAGUUUUACUGUCCGAUUUCGUCUGUGCAAGUCCACGGAAAGACUAUGAUAGAGCAGCUCAAGGAGGAGGAUAAGGAAGAGGUCAAAGCGAAUGAAGUCGAGAUGGAGAAGCCGGAGGUGGUUCCGGCAGAUUUUUACGAAACGCCGUCUUUUAAUUUGUCUCUGAAUGAGAUUGUUUUCUCCCUGAAUGGGUCCACGGACGACGAUAAUUGCAAAAUCACUCCGUAUUUGGGUCUGGACAGAUUUCUCAAGGAACACCAGCAGGAACUAUGCGAGGCGGGCGACUCGCCGUCAGAAACAAAGCCAAAGACCACCCAAACCACAGGGACGCAGGAGUCGAUCUACAAGAACAUCAUCAAGAGAAUAUCGCUGCUGGAGUCGAACGCAACGCUCUCGCUGCUAUAUAUUGAGGAACAGUCCAAAAUUCUGUCGAACGCAUUCGAAAAUCUGGCAAACCGCCAAAAUAAAAGAUUCAGCACGCUCAUAGACCAUUUGAACCAAACAAUCCUCAACCAAAUCGGCAACUUCCGGCUGUUGAACACAGAACUGGCCUUCAAUUUCGAGAAUCUCUUUAAUUACCAACAUAGCAAGUUCCGGCACUUGCUUCUCGAGACAGACUCCAAGUUCUCCAGAUUCGCGGAUUCACUCAGCUUCCAGAAGAAACUGAACUAUCUCAAUCUCAGCAUAAUCAUCCUCUUGCUCGUCUACAUCAUCAUAACCAGAGAUACCUUCAUCGAGCCGGAGUUCAUAGCUUCUCCAUACAGUGCAGGUCCACCGUACAACUCAUCCUCUCAGUCCCCCGCGCACUCGCCAACGGUUCCCGUGCGGAAACGUAGGAAUUUCGUGGACAGGUUAGUGUUUGGUUCCCGAUCCGUCUCUCCUACAGAAUACAAGAACGAUUACGACUCAGAACAUGAGCAACUGGCCGAGCAGGAACAGCCAGAGAAAAAGGAGCCGGACGAAUCGUCAGUUGUGAUCACCGACAUGAAGAUAGAAAAGAAUGUGAGCGAUCUAUAG